UAGUACUGGGGUGAAAAUGGUGGCUCGAGGGCAAGGAGAAAUAAAAGCUUAUUGGUUCCCCAAACCCUACUACUGAUAGGUAGACUGGUCCUGGCUUUACCUCUCCACACCCUUGACCCUUGACCCUCCACCCUUGGUUCCAACUUUCUGCAAACCCAAAAGGUUCUCAACAUGUCAACUGUCAAGGAGAAGCUUAUUGAGAAUCUAAUUGGGGAAGAGAAGAGCUCCCAGAGUAAGAUCACCAUUGUCGGAACUGGUGCUGUGGGCAUGGCCUGUGCUAUUUGUAUCUUAUUGAAGGAUUUGGCCGAUGAACUUGCCCUUGUUGAUGUUGCAGUGGACAAAUUGAAGGGAGAAACAAUGGAUCUUCAGCAUGGCAGUCUUUUCUUUAAUACUUCAAAGAUUACCUCUGGAAAAGAUUACAGUGUAUCUGCAAACUCCAAAUUAGUUAUUGUCACAGCAGGUGUGCGGCAGCAGGAGGGAGAAAGUCGCCUUGCCCUGGUCCAACGUAAUGUGAACAUUAUGAAAUCGAUCAUUCCUACCAUAGUCCAUCAUAGUCCUGACUGUAAGAUGCUUAUUGUUUCAAAUCCAGUGGACAUUUUGACAUAUGUGGUCUGGAAGCUAAGUGGCUUACCUGCAACUCGUGUAAUUGGAAGUGGUUGUAAUCUAGACUCUGCCCGUUUCCGUUACCUAAUUGGGGAGAAGUUGGGUGUUCAUCCCACAAGCUGCCAUGGUUGGAUUAUUGGAGAACAUGGUGAUUCUAGUGUGCCCUUAUGGAGUGGGGUGAAUGUUGCUGGUGUUGCCCUGAAGAGUCUAGACCCUAAAUUAGGAACUGAUUCAGACAAGGACCAAUGGAAAAAUAUCCAUAAACAAGUUAUUGAAAGUGGCUAUCAGAUUAUCAAGCUGAAAGGGUAUACCUCUUGGGCUAUUGGACUAUCUGUGACAGAUCUGGUAGGAUCAAUUUUGAAAAAUCUGAGGAGAGUGCAUCCAGUUUCUACUAUGGUUAAGGGCUUAUAUGGAUUAAAAGAAGAAAUCUUUCUCAGUAUCCCUUGUGUCUUGGGACAAAAUGGUGUCUCAGAUAUUGUGAAAGUUAACUUGAAUUCUGAGGAGGAGGCCCUUUUUAAGAAGAGUGCAGACAUACUUUGGAAUAUCCAAAAAGAGCUGGUAUUUUAAAGCCUCUUAAUGUUCCACUGUUUUAUAGAAGAAGAUAUCAGACUGUAUAUUUUCUAUUUUGAAAGUAUUGUCAUUUGAUUUGUAAAAAAUUAAAAAAAAAAAACAUUGGAAACCCAUGACAUAACUUCAGUCCCUCAAGGCUAGAAAAAGGAAAUGGUAAAAAUAUUUCCCCUCUUUAUGAAUCUCUUACAACUCUGUUCUAAUGAUACCCAACCUAUACAUAUGCAAGUAAUACUUCUGAAGUAUGCUAUAUAUGAGUUGACUUCAAGUUUGGUAGAGUAUGUAUAAUAAUCCUUUAUAAUAUAAAACUUAUGAUUCUUCCCAUAAAACAACCAGCACUUUUUCUAGCAUUGAAAUUUCAUUCUUCUAUUAGGGCACAGGCAUAUUCAGUUUAUAUUGCUUCAUUAGCUUUGUGUGUCUAUGUGUGAUCUGCACCGGGUAUGUUAAGUCCAUGUAUAACAGAAAGAAACAGAAAUAAAACUUCAAUGGCAUAAUCAAAAUUAAA